AUGCCUAAAGAUUCCGUAAUUUUAUACGAACUUCUGCCUUCCCUACUUUCCGAGAUUAGUGUAGUAGCUCUUAUUAUGGUACAAGAUCAGUCUCGAUCAUGUUUUCAUAUUGCUUCAGAUGAACAAUUGGACAUUAUCUCUCAGCCACAAGUUUCGAGUCGUAAAUUUAUUAUUACGAGUUGGCUAGAACAUUCUCAAAUAGAUAUUAAAGAAUCUAUGCUAUCAAUGAAUGAUGUUAUUAUGAAUGAAGUGAAGAUUUUUACAUCCCCCGACAUAUCAGUAUCGAAUCAAAGUCUUCAAGAUUUAGCUGCAGAAUCGAUUCACUUGCAAAAAGAUGCAACUAUUUCACCGGAAUUACGUACUCAAGAGCCAAUGUUUUCUCUGAAAUCAAGCCUAGAUCUUACAAAUCAGCUAGAUUUAUCUGAAGUAUCACUAGUAUCUAAUAUCGAUUCAGUGGCUAUUUUCUCAGAAGCAGACGGAGUUGAUGUUAUAACAAUUUCAUCAGAAUUAACUGUACAAGAACCACCAAUGAAUUUCCCGAAAUCAAGCCUAAAUCUAGCUGAUAAGCCAGAUUUAUCAGUACUAGAAGUAUCUAAUAUCUAUUCAAUGACUAUUUUCUCAGAAAUAAACAAAGUCGAAGAAAAUUUACGAUUAUGCCAAAUAGAUCAUGAAGACUUAUCGAGUGUUACUGUGGAUGCAGACGCACGCUUAAUAUUAACAGAAAUCAUUCAGCUACAGAAUCCAACUGCUGAUCUACAGUCCGAGCUUGGUGAUAUUCAAAGUCAGUCUUGGCCUUUACUAACCGACUUAAGCUGUGAUCUUGAUAUAGAUAAACGUGUUUACUGGUCAGAUAUUCUACAAAUGCAGCCAUCAUCAAGUUCUUGCAUAAUUUCUAUUUUAGAAUCAAGUAUGGACUCUGCCGGUGAUGUGUGUGAUCAAGCAAAUAAUUGUCCUGAAUACUAUACGACCUUACCCAGUCAACAAGAGCCUGAUUGUUCGACAAUUAAUCCUCUAAAGUCUCCAAUCAAGAAUUCUAUCAGUAAUUUAUCCUCUAGAACUCUAUACGAUACAACCUUGGAUAUGACUUACAGAACACCUACCCCAAGUUCAACAACAAAGUACAUCACUCAAAGAAAGAAUACUGGGCAUGCUACAUCGACAUUUAAUGGUAGCCAAGCCAAUCAGAUUCUAGCCUCAUUUAAUCAAAAUAUAAGCAAAACCACUGUGAACACAGCAAAAGUUCUAGGAUAUAGUCGAACAUUGCAUGAAAUCAUAGAUAAAAUAGAUAUGAAAUCUUUAUCUACAGCAGAAACGACAGAUUUAUCGGAGUUCGUAGUUAAAAUAGUUAAAAAGCUGGUAACUGCUGGAAUAAAUGGUAGUAAUCAGGAUAAAAUAGCAUCAGAUUAUAUGCAAUUACUGGAUCACUAUUUUUUACGGGUUGCUGAGAAAUUAUCAUACGGGGAAACAUUUAAUUUUACGGACGUAGAAACAGGCGAUGUUACUAUGGUCAUAUCUGUUCAACAAGUAGAAGCUUACAAUUCGACCAACUAUGAAUUUGUCUUUAACUCUAAAUCAGCUCUUCGAAAAUCGGACGAUGUAUUAAUAAAUUUAUCUAAUAUUAUGUUUCGAAAAAAUGAAACCGUUAAAAUUAUUGCCGGUAUCUAUUGGUUCCUGCAAGAUACUGUAGCACGCGUUAAUGAUCAAUUAACUUUAUCCUCGGAUAUUAUAUCCUGCAAAAUAGAACCUUAUCCUGUCUUUCAGGAUAACGCAAUUUUUCAAUAUCAUGUUUCUUAUCCAAAUAAAGCCUCAAAGAAUAGUGGAAAUAAUUGGAAGUGCAUGUACUGGGACUUGCAAUCAAGGAGUUGGAAUAAUACUGGCUGUACCACGAACUUAAACUUGAAUAAAGUCGUUUGUGUAUGCAAUCAUUUAACUCAUUUUGCUUUGCUAUUACAGAUUAAAAAUGUUCAAGCUUUUUUCUCUCUAUAUAGAAUUAAUUCUGAGCGAUUUGUCAUACAUAAGAACUUGUUGGUUGCUCUCAUGUUCUCUCAAAUUUGUAUAAUCACAGCAUCUCAGGCUACUAAGUUUGAGGUGCUAUGUAAAGUAAUGGCCAUCAUAUCGCAUUUCUUCUGCCUUGCUUCCUUUUCUUGGAUGCUGGUUGAAGCGGCGCAUUUAUAUUUCUUAAUUAUUUCUGUAUUCAACCAUCGAAGCAAAAUGAUUUUAUAUUUUAUAUUUGGUUGGGGAAUUCCAAUUAUAGUGGUUGGCGUAACAGUCGCUGUUCAGCAUGAAAAUUAUGGCCGAGAUCAAAUAUGCUGGCUAUCAACGAAAAACGGGUUUACUUGGGCAUUUAUAGGACCAGUUGUGGCAAUUAUAGCGAUUAAUUUCGUUGUCAUGAUUGCUGUGGUCAAGAUUGCGGUAGCAUCCAGCACUAAGAAUAUUUUCGCUAAUCACGGCAUCAAGAACAAAUUGCGAGGAAUCAAAACAAUGGUCAAGGCGAUAUCAAUACUUUGCCCAAUUUUAGGCCUGACUUGGCUAAUUGGGUUAAUACCUAUCACUCAAGAGACGAUUGCUGUAGCAUACGUCUUCGUUAUCUUAAAUUCCUCUCAGGGAAUUAGCAUAUUUAUAUUUCAUUGCUUAUACAACAGUGAGAUCAAUUCUAACGUUAUUUCAAGUCCUAAAUUUUCAACAAGUUCCAAUAAAAUCGCCAAAUUAAAAGACGAUUUAAAUCUCUCCUAUAAAAUUAUACCUUUGGCAAGAGCAAUAACAAAACCAAUUAAUGAGCAGGAAGAAGGAAGAUUGAACUGCGCCUAUUGA